AUGUUUGAUUCAUUAAAAGUAAAGAAAGGAGGGACGGAGGAGGAAAGUGCACGCUUGAUAGCAGCAAGAUCAAUCCAAAUAGACGAUGAUGGAUUAGAGGACAAGUACAAGCUUGUGUAUUGGAUUUAUUUCAUCUAUGGUAUCGCCAUGUUGUUGCCAUGGAAUGUAUUUAUCACUGCAUCCGAAUACUUUGCAAGGCGAUUUGCAGAGACUCCAUAUGAAGAGAAGUUCCAAAAUUACUUUUCUACGUAUUUUACGAUAACAAAUCUGUUGACGUUUGUACUCAUUCUGUACAUGCAAAACAAGUCAGCAUAUCAUGUGGACUCUUUUAUAUCUAUUCUCAUUAAUACCAUCGUGUUUGGCACAUUAGCUAUAACAGUAGAAACUCAAAUAGAAGGACCAGUGUACUUUUGGUGUAUCAUGGCAUUGAUCGUGCUGACUGGUGCAACUACAAGUUUCUUUCAAAAUUCUGUAUUUAGUGAGGCGAGCCAAUUGCCACCCAUGUACAUGCAAGCAGUGUUAAGUGGCCAAGGUAUUGCAGGUGUGAUUGUGGCUGUAUCAUCAAUCCUAAGCGCACUCGCUGGCAAUACAAGCGAGACUCCUGACGAAUCAUCCAUCAGUCGAUCUGCAUUUUUGUACUUUCUAUCCGCUUUCUUGAUCACAGCAGCCGCAUUGGUAGGUCGCAUCGUCGUUGUUCGCCUACCAUUCUAUCGCCGUCAAAUGAGCGCUCGGAAUGAAGUGCUCCGCGUAGAGGAAGACGUCUUGGAGGAACAACACCAUCCCCUAGACAGAGAGCCUAUCAGCAUCAUGUCGAUUGUUCGCAAAUCGAGUGGAUUGAUCUUUACAGUUGGAUACAUCUUUAUCAUCACACUCAUGCUGUUCCCCUCAAUUACAGCAUUGAUCAAGUCAGUCAGGAGGCCCGAGAGCAACGUUUCAAAGAAAGGAGGCCGCUUUUUCGAUGAUGACAUCUUUGUGGCGUUCCACUUUCUACUGUUCAAUGUAGGCGACUGGGUGGGUCGGAUGAUGCCAGUAUCCAGCAUGUUCCAGAUAUUCCAGGUCAAGUAUCUUGUGCUGUUGAGUAUACUGCGUUCAGUGUUUAUUCCACUCUUUUUGGUGUGCAACGUAAUUGUGUCGGAACAACGUCGACUGUUGGUGCUCAUCAACAGCGAUUUUGUUUACUUUAUUCUGAUCUGGAUAUUUGCUGUCAGUAAUGGAUGGAUCUGUAGUUUGGCUAUGAUGGCGGCACCACAGCUCGAAUCGAUCAAGUCAGCACACGAAAAGUCUCUUGUUGGCAGUGUGAUGAGCUUCUCGCUUGUGCUGGGAUUAGCUAUUGGUGGAUCACUGAGUUUUAUCGCUAGAUGGAUGGUCUGA